AUGAUUGGAAUGCAAAAAGUGUAAGUCUAUCACAAGACUGCAGUUUCCUUAUGUAACACUGUAGGUUGUGUUAUUCACACAGCAUUCCACAAACAAGACGAUACGCAAUCAAUAGCGGCACAGCUUGAUAUAAACUUAUGAUGUUGUUUUAUGUUUAUCUUCUCCGCAAUAAAACAGAAUUUGAUGAAUACAUUAUUCUCCCGACGUAUGCUCUUCGCGAGCUGUAACAAUACGGUGAGCGAAUCUUUUGAUACACGCGUGUCGAGAGUAAACAGUAUUUGCUCACGAUCGAGAACCGACCGGACAGACAGUCCGAUUGCGGUGUUCGGUAGAGUGUAAUUGCAGUUAUUUUCACUCUUUGCUGCAAGUAGUUUUUUAGGUACAGCAGUUGCCUGCCAUAUCUAUAUUGAUUGUACUCCAAAAGAGAAAGUUUACAAUCGAUGUACCUACAUCCUCUGCAGCUGUAAAAACUAUGACCCGAACCUGAAUUAGAUUAUAGAAUAUAGAUUAGUUGGUUGUCCCGUGUGUAUUGCGAUUAUUACGGUGCGCUGAUGUCAAAUGACUGUAUAAUGAAGUUGUGAUUCCAAGGAGUGUAACAUUGCAAAGUUUGAGCACUAUCGGCGGAGUCUGCUCACAGCCUCGAAAUACAACAGUUAUCACCAAUUUAAAUUCUGUACAAUGAGUGGCAGAAGAAUGAGCUGGGCCAUUCGACGGUUGCUGCGCGGGGCGAUGCACGUGUUCAGCUGGUUCGUCGUCCCGUACUCGUAUGUGGUAAGUGCGCGGAUUCGACACAAACAGCUUCCGCCCAUUGAAAAUCCGUUGCUACAAAUUCCGGCCGUAACAUUGGCCGCCAAAAUUCGAACCGGUCAAAUCAAAAGCGAAGCCGUUGUCAGUGCUUACAUCGAACGGUGUCGACAGGUUAACCCGCUUUUGAACGCCAUUGUGGAGGAACGUUUCGAGCAGGCUUUGGAGGAUGCUAGGCGAAUCGAUCAGGAGGUGGCUGAGGGUUUGAAAAGUGAAGAACAGUUGGCUAAUGAGACUCCCAUUCUCGGAGUUCCAGUUACUAUCAAGGAAAGUCUGGGAGUUAAAGGCAUGAGCAAUUCUGGUGGGAGAAAACUGAAAAAUAAACGAAUCGCUCAACAAGACGCACCGGUUGUACAACAAAUUAAGAAAAAUGGAGGAAUUAUACUGCUAGUUAGCAACACUCCUGAGCUGUGCAUGUGUUGGGAAACGUACAAUAAAUGUACUGGACUCACCAAAAAUCCAUACGAUUUACGGCGAACAGUAGGUGGAUCAUCGGGUGGUGAAGCCGCCCUAAUUAGUUCCGCAGCGUCACUGAUGGGAGUGACGACCGACAUAGCCGGGUCUUCUCGACUGCCAGCUGCAUUUGUUGGUGUAUUCGGACACAAACCUUCCCCAUUCGUUGUGUCCCCUUACGGUCACCAUCCAUCGUGUGAGGAUGAAACGUGGGGUAAUUUUUUCACUCCAGGUGCAAUGUGCCGAUAUGCAGAAGAUCUUCCACUUCUCCUGCGAGCCAUGAGAGACCCCGAUGGAACGGCCGUCACCUUAGAUGCAUCAGUGAAUCUAACCGAUCUUAAAUACUACUACAUGGAAAAUGAUGGUCCGACCGGAUUAACCGAACCAAUUCAACCGGACAUACAGGCUGCCAUUGCAAGCGUGGUGAAUCACUUCAACGCCGAGAAGGUUCAUCUGAAACGACUGAUUUGGUCGUUGGACAUUUCCAUGUGUAAAAUGCUGAGAAUGAAGGAUGUUGAAACGAUCUACACUCUGCAGCAGGAUGGUCAACCAAACACCACCUUUGGCAAAGAAAUAUUCAAAUAUUUAUGUGGUUGCUCUGACUCCGACCUUCCUUCGGUGGCGAUCGGCCCCAUGCAGCAUAUCAUCCAGAACUACAUUCCCAGUUCAAGGCUAGCCUUCCUGGACGAGCAAACUGAAUUGCUUCGGAAGGAUUUCAUCGACAUGCUUGGGACGAACGGAGUGUUCAUUUAUCCAGUGUUCCCAAACACUGCCCAUCGGCAUUUUGAAAUUUACUACAAACUGGUGGACACGAGCUACAUGAUGGUGUUCAACACCCUCGGUCUUCCGGCAGCUUCCUGCAUGGUUGGGAUGGACCGCAACAAGCUGCCCAUGGCUGUGCAGAUAGUGUCUAGUCCUGGUCAGGAUCAUCUUAUUUUAGCAGUAGCCAAAGAGUUGGAGCGAAAGUACGGUGGUUGGGUACCCCCGUCGGUUUAAUAUGGAUUAUGGAAACCAUGAAGUGACUUUUAAGGUGUUAGUGAUAAGCUUCAACCAUAGAUAGCCCUGGCAGAAUGAUAGGCUAAGAGAUACUGUUAAUAUUUUUCUAUAUUCUAGAUAGUUGAUUUGAAUCCAUUAAUUAAAGUUUUUUGAGGAUAUUUUUCAA